AUGACGGGGGAUGACGCUGAGGAUCCGGGGAAGGAGAUAAGUCUGAGGUUGAGUCACGGCGAUGUGGAAGCGCAGCCAGUGGCGGUUCCCAUCAGGUACCCCCAAAGAGAACGUUAUGUACCUGCUGACACAACGGCAGCAGAAGCCUGCAGAAUGUGGUCGAAUAGCCAAGGGGCGCGUGGAACUAAGUCUAAGCCCGCCACCCCAAGCCGACGCACGCUCUCCGGAGCAACCAGACACCACAGAUAUGACACAAUUGACACGCCCAUGGAUUGGGGCAUCCGGUUUCUGGAACGUGCAUUUAGGGCUUUGGCAAUAACAAGACUACGAAAAGUUACUCAGACACCUAUGGCCCCAGAAGGUGGUGUGGGCGUGGUUACAUUCCGAUUAUGCAGUGGUGGCAGCAGCAGCAGCAGCAUAAUGUUACUAUGA